AUUCCUUGCUCCGUUGUGAAAUGAGUUGACCGACCAAUGGAUUUCUCGGCGCUGAGCGGAUCGACGUUCUCUGCCCAUAUUAAUCAGAUCGACUACACCAUGUGUCCUCCGGGGCCACUCGACAAUUCGGCCCUCCCUCGCGUACCUGUUAUUCGCAUCUAUGGCACAUCCUCUGCUGGCGAAAAAGCUUGCGUACAUAUCCACCAGGUGUAUCCUUACUUCUUCAUUGAAUACACCAAAGAGAUGACCCCAGAAAAUGUCAACCGAUAUAUUACUAAGUUGUCCGUCUCACUCGACCACGCCAUUGCCCUAUCUCUCAAGCGUAAUCCAGGCUUCCAGUAUGUACGGGCAAUUACACUUGUCAAGGGUGUGCACUUCUACGGCUUCCACUCUUCGUACUCGCCUUUUCUCAAAAUACACCUCAUCGAUCCUGCACUCACAAAUCGUGCUGUAACACUGCUGCAAACUGGCACCAUCAUGCGAACGAAAUUCCAUGUAUUCGAGAGUCAUCUGAGUUACCUACUACAAUUCAUGUGCGAUUUUGGUUUAUACGGGUGUGGGUGGAUAAAUCUGGGUGAAGUUUGGGAGCGCAGCCCAGAAAUUCAAGAACCACCACCUUCACAGCGACUGUACUCAUUCAAGUUUUCCCCGUACUAUCGUCAAUCUCGGAUGCCCGUUGAGGUCGAUGCGGUUGCCCACCAAAUACUCAACCGCCAUCAGCUUCAAGCCCGCAACGUCCACAACGGAUUGAAUAUUACUGCCCUCCCUCUUCCAUCCGAACCUGUCGUACUGAGCGUUCGUGAAUUGUGGGAGGAUGAACGAAGACGUCGGAUUAGCAAGGGCUUAUCUCCAACUCCAAAGUUACCCAUCGACGCUGGUAAGAUUCCCAGAGGCGGGGGCGGUGAUUGGGUUGCAGAGGCUCGGUGGUGGGAAGAACUCAGGAGGAAGAUAGAAUUGGAAAAGCAGGAUGGCUCAUUCAUGUCUGAAGGUCAUUCCGGCUGGGAGAGGUGGGUUAUGACGACCUUCGAGAGUGUGGAGGUUCUCUGGGAACCUCAGUGGAAGGUUUGGAAGCCAAGCAAAGGUGAUGUGGGUACAGCAGAAGAUGGCAUUUCUCACCCGAUGGAGGGAACCCACAAUCCAUUUGCUCAAGCUUCUCAAGGCACCCCUUCUACAUUGACGGGAAAACCAGAAGAGGCUGAAGUAGACGUGGAUGUGGUAAUACUUUCCAGCCAGGACAUUGACCUGACGACGGCAAGGAACGAAGGUGAAGAUGGCGAGAACGAUGAUACCGAGGAUGUCAUUGAUAGUGGAGAGAAUGAGGAACUGGAAGAUUCCUCACGGAACCUGCCGUUCGAGGGAGAAGUUGUCUCCGAUGAGGCACCCCGAGGAAGUGGAAACAACGACCACACCAUGGGAACCCCCAACCGCUUUUCAAACGUCUGGAAUAGACUCUCAAGAGAGAAACGACCGCGCAGUACUUCGGAGCUUCGUUCAGAACCAGCGACACCGAGAAAAGUUCGAAGGCUGUCGCAACAACUGACCACCCACGACAUUGUGACACGAUCGGCUUCACCAGAUUUCGGACCUGACAUCGAAAGGCUCGAGGCCGACAAUCCGUUCCUGAUCACAAAUGGAGACCAAACGCUACUACCGCCUGUAAAAAAUUCGGCCCAUUCGGAUUGGGUAGGGGGACGACCUGGUACACAUGGAACUUCGAAUGCUCGAGUUCCUCGUGCAUCUUAUGGUUCGUCGAGGGGAUUACAAACAUACCAUCUAACCUCUCGCAGCAAUGGCUAUGUCUACGCAAAUUCUCCACCUCGAGUUGCUGAUUUAUUUAGCUCUAUCGAAGAUCAUGGCUUUCCACGGAAGUUAUAUUCUGACCCCUUCUACUCCAACAGAGAGGACGCCCCUGAAAGACCGUGGGAAUAUGGGGGUCUUGUAUAUAAUCUGAAGGGCGGUGGAGGCAUAGACUUGUUGGAGGAGUGGCAGACAAGUGAAAGAUUUCCAGCCCUCACAUUUGCUGGUAAGGCAUCCGCAAACCGCGUCGGAGGAUGGGAGUAUGCGAGCUGCGCACCAGCUUGUCGACAAAUUAAGGUUUGGUUAAAAGGCCACCCCCUCUCACAGGGAAAGAAAGCGAAGAUGCAAUCACAGGUGUGUUGCCUCGUGACAUCUUCGGACCUAUUCAUCUCUACCCUAAUUAUUGAAGGGCGCACUCAAGCUAACUUGUUUGGGGUGAAUUCGGACCCUAAGAUAUCUGCGUGCAACAACACUCGUAGGGGACAGCACAUGACAUUACUUUCUGUAGAAGUUUUCGCUCCUUCUCGCAGCAACUGCCUACCCGAUGCAAAUAUCGACGGAAUUGCAGCUCUAUUUUACGCUUUUGGCAGUGAUGAUCCAAGCUCGGGUCUUCUUCACCAAGGCAUUUUCGUCCUUGAAAGUGAUCAAACCAACGUACAACGUUUAGGCGCACUCUCUUUAGAGAGUUUUGCUAGUGAACUUGACCUUAUCAAUCGGUUGAUCGAUGUUGUCAUUGACCUGGAUCCCGAUAUUCUGUUGGGUUGGGAGGUGCAAGCCGCUUCUUGGGGUUAUCUCAAUGCCCGGGGGAACCAUUAUGGAUUUGACUUGUGCGAGUUAAUAUCGAGGGCACCAAGUCGCGAAUCGGGGAAUGACAAUCGACGUUGGGACCAGACGUCAACGACCACAUUUAAAGUCGUUGGCCGUCACGUCUUAAAUGUCUGGAGGAUCAUGCGGAGUGAACGCAAUCUGAAUGUAUACACAUUCGAAAAUGUCGCGUUUCAUGUCUUACGGAGGAGAUUCCCCCGUUAUAAGCCAUAUACACUAACAGAAUGGUUUAAUAGCCCUGUUCCAGCUCAUACCUCCCGUGUCUUACGCUACUUCGCCGACCGUACAUCAAUGAAUCUCGAUAUACUGGAAGAGACAGAAGUCAUUACGAAGACAGCUGAGUUUGCUCGUGUGUUUGGAGUCGACUUCUAUUCCGUCAUUAGCCGGGGGUCCCAAUUUAAAGUGGAAUCUUUCAUGUUUCGUAUAGCGAAACCUGAGUGUUUCGUGCUCUUGUCCCCAAGCAAACAAGAUGUCGGGAAGCAGAACGCCGCGGAAUGCGUGCCUCUCAUCAUGGAACCGUUGUCUGGGUAUUAUAACGGGCCACUCGUUGUCCUGGACUUUCAGUCACUUUACCCGUCUGUUAUGAUUGCAUACAAUUAUUGCUACUCGACCUGCCUUGGACGGAUAACCGACUUCCAGGGCCGAAAUAAACUCGGUGUAACGGACCUGCACCGACCUAUUGGGCUACUAGACAAGUUGCAAGAUCACGUUGCGAUUGCGCCAAAUGGUAUUAUCUACGUGAAGCCGACGGUGAGGCAGGGCCUCCUGGGCCGUAUGUUAACCGAGUUGCUGGACACUAGAGUGAUGGUGAAGCAGGCCAUGAAGAACGUCAAGGAUGACAAGGUAUUGCGUCGUACACUGGACGCUCGUCAACUUGGUCUCAAGUACAUCGCGAAUGUAACCUAUGGAUACACCAGUGCCUCAUACUCGGGACGUAUGCCUGCGGUUGAAAUUGCGGAUAGUAUUGUGCAAAGCGGACGGGAAAUAUUGGAGAAGGCUAUCAAUGUCAUCGACUCCACCGGUAAAUGGGGUGCCCGUGUGGUCUACGGUGAUACGGACUCUCUUUUUAUAUAUCUCAAAGGAAAGACGAAAGAGCAGGCUUUCAGGAUUGGUCAGGAUAUUGCGGAUACGAUAACUGUAAUCAACCCAGCACCGAUAAAACUGAAGUUCGAGAAGGUGUACUUGCCUUCUGUUCUCCUGGCGAAGAAGAGAUAUGUAGGCUUCAGUUUCGAGACAUUAGAUGUCAAGACACCUUCUUUCGAUGCAAAGGGAAUCGAGACCAUCCGUCGUGAUGGCGUCGCCGCCCAAUCAAAGAUGACAGAGGCUUGCCUAAAGAUAUUGUUCCGUACGCAGGAUUUAAGUCUGGUGAAGCAAUACUGCUGUCGGACCUGGUCCAAGAUUCUACGCAACAAGGUUUCUUUUCAAAAUUUUAUCUUCGCAAAGGAGGUCAAGAUGGGUACUUACAGCGAGAGAGGGCCGCCACCGCCAGGCGUAGCAGUAGCUGCUAGAAGGAUGUUACAUGAUCCAAAUGACGAGCCUCAGUACGGCGAGCGUGUCCCCUACAUAAUCGCACGUGGCAAUCCCCAUAGCCGAUUAAUUGAAAGGGCUGUGACACCAGAGGAAAUCCUUGCCAAUCCUCACUUGCAAAUCGAUGCAGUGUAUUAUAUCGAAAAGGUUCUUAUCCCUCCACUAGAACGUAUUUUCAACCUUGUCGGUGUAGAUGUACGAGCCUGGUAUGAGGAAAUGCCAAAGGCGAUUGAAGUCGAUCAGCGUGAUCCAUUGGCAUCUUCCCCAAAGAAGCUAAAGACAUUCACAACUAGUAGACUUAACAUCGAUGAACAUUUCUCGAGCACGCGUUGCCUGGCAUGCAAUUGUCCAGCCUUUGUAGAAGGAAUUUGUGAGGACUGCCAGAAUAAUUCUCAAGAAGCCAUUCCCAACCUCUUACGACGGCUGCACAAGGGCGAAAGAAGACUUCUGGACACCCACAAAGUAUGUGCGACCUGCACGGCCAAUGCAUUGGCAGAACCGAUCGAAUGUGUCAACAUCGAUUGCCCUUGGUUAUACGAGCGCAAUAAAGCGGAACGAAAAGUAGACUUUCUCGAGGGACUGCAAGCAGUGGUUGAAGACCUUGAUUUCACGGACAACGAAGACAUCCAUUGUACAGAACUUUCCCUGUAG